ACAAAAUGGAGAAGUUAAAUCCAUAAAUAGAAUACUAUGAGAAAUGAAAGUAAUAUAAUUUUGCAAUAAAUUUAAAUAUUUUUAAUUUUCUUUGAUUAAUUUAUAUAUAUUGUGUAUUUCAAUAAUAUCGAGAGAUGUUUAAAUAAAGAAUAUUUAAAUAUAUAAUUAUGAUUAUAUUAAAUAAACGUAAUAUAUUACGUAUAUAUAUAUAUAUAUAUUAGUUGUGCUGUUGAUGAAUACUAUUAAUAAUUGAUAUCAAGUGCUAUUUUUAUAUUUUUGUAAUUUGUUAUUUUAUUCAUAUUUUUUCAAAAAUUUAUAUUUUGGAUUUUAUACAAAAUGGUAGAAGAAGUAGUUAAUUCUACUAAUAAACCAAAGAACAAAACUGCUAGACCCCGUCCAGUUUAUUUAUGGAAUGUAUUAGAUGUACAAAAAUGGUUGAGAAGGCAUUGUAGUGAUUACUAUCAAUUAUAUCAUGAAAAGUUUUUAUAUCACGAUAUCACUGGAAGAGUUUUGUUAAGGAUAAAUGAAAAUAUUUUAUUGAGACUUGGAAUUGAUAAUGAGCAACAUAGAUUGGAUAUUUGGCGGGAAAUAAUGAAAUUACAUCUUAAAACAGACAUGUUAGAAAUUAAAGAUAUUGAGCGACGUAAUAAUAUGAAUUUUGAUUAAUAUUUUGCAGACAAUUAACUCAAAUAUAAGCAAUGUUUAUAUAAAAUGGAAAUUUAUUUUUUAAAAUGACUUUAUAUCAAAUAAUCUUUUGUAUUUUUUAUUGUUAGUAUUUUAAUAUUUUAAUUUUUUAAAAUACAAAUAUAAUAAUGUAAAAUAUAAUAAUGUAUCUUUAUAAAUAUUUAUAAUAAAACAUUUAUAAUAAAUAUUUAUAAUAAAUAAAACAUUUGAUAUUUUAGA